AUUCGGAUAUUUAUGGGGAUUGUUGCUCUCACUAUGAAGGCAUCUGUUAUUGAAAUGUUCCUUGUUUUUCUGGUGACUGGAAUGCAUUCAAAUAAAGAAAUGACAAAGAAGAUUAAAAGGCCAAAAUUCACUGUGCCUCAGAUUACUUGUGAUGUUGUAGCUGGGAAGAUCAGCAAUGCUGAGUUCAUGGCAAAAUGUCCUGCAGGAUGCCAAGACCCCAGAUACUCAGUGUAUGGCACUGAUGUGUAUGCAUCCUCUUCCAGCGUGUGCGGUUCUGCCAUCCACAGUGGUGUGCUUGAUAAUUCAGGAGGGAAGAUCCUUGUUCGGAAGGUUGCUGGACUAUCUGGCUACAGAGGGAGUUAUUUCAAUGGUGUCCAAUCAUUGUCUCUUCCACGAUGGAGAGAGUCCUUCAUCAUCUCAGGUGGUAAACCCAAAAAAGGUGUAACCUACCCAUCGACUCUCAUAUAUUCAUCGUCAAAAAGCCCAGCUGCCAAAACAGGCAAGUAUGAAACAACAAAAGCCUAUCAGAUGUCCUCAGUUCUGGGGCCUGCUACACAGCCAGCCACCCUGACUCAGAUACCAGCUACCACUGCAGCCAAGCCCACCCACACCACCUUGCCAGCACCAGCCCCAUCUGCAGCUUCUACCACCAUCAACUCCAUACCACCACCUCUGGGCCACAGGAGCCAGGAACCAGAUCUCUGGUCCACAACUACCUACACCAGCAGCCCAAACAACUGCUGUGCUCACCCAGGGAUCCAGAGGCAGAAUUCCUCAGGAGUUGCUUUCCAGAAAACUGCUGAAGCAGAUCUUAGCCUGGGAUUUGAUCCAAACGAAGAAUUAAGCACACAGUCUUUGGAGCCAGUAUCCCAGGGAGAGCCAAGCUGCAAAGUUGAUCUGUCAUUCAUCAUCGAUGGGAGCUCGAGCCUCGGCAAACGUCGAUUCCGGAUCCAGAAGCAGUUCCUGGCUGAUGUUGCCCAAGCCCUUGACAUUGGCCCUGCAGGGCCACUGAUGGGUGUUGUUCAGUAUGGAGACAACCCAGCCACCCAGUUUAAUCUCAAGACUCACAUGAACUCCAGAGAUGUGAAAGCAGCAAUAGAGAAAAUGACCCUGAGAGGGGGGGUUUCUAAUGUAGGCCGGGCCCUCUCUUUUGUGGUCAAAAAUUUCUUUUCAAAAGCCAGUGGUAACCGACAUGGUGUUCCUAAUGUGGCCGUGGUCAUAGUGGACGGCUGGCCCACGGACAAGGUGGAGGAAGCUGCAAGAUUUGCAAGGGAGUCUGGAAUCAACGUGUUCUUCAUCACCAUUGAAGGUGCAGUUGAAAAUGAGAAGCAGUAUGUGAUAGAGCCCAACUUUGCAAACAAGGCUGUGUGCAGAACGAACGGCUUUUACUCGCUCAAAGUGCAGAGCUGGUUGAGCCUGCACAAGUCGGCGCAGCCUCUGGUGAAGCGCGUGUGUGACUCGGCUCGCCUGGCCUGCAGCAAGACCUGCUUCAACGCGGCCGACGUGGGCUUCGUCAUCGAUGGCUCCAGCAGCGUGGGCACCGGCAACUUCCGCACGGUGCUCGAGUUCGUGGCCAACCUCAGCAAGGCCUUCGACAUCUCCGACACGGACACGCGUGUGGGCGCGGUGCAGUACACCUACGAGCAGCGGCUGGAGUUCGGCUUCGAGCAGUACAGCAGCAAGCCCGACGUCCUCCAGGCCAUCAGGAGGGUGGGCUACUGGAGCGGAGGGACCAGCACCGGGGCGGCCAUCAGCUUCGCCCUGGAGCAGCUCUUUCAGAAGGCCAAGCCCAACAAAAGGAAGCUGAUGAUCCUCAUCACCGACGGCCGGUCCUACGACGACGUCCGAAUGCCAGCCAUGGCAGCUCACCAGAAGGGAGUGAUCAUCUAUGCAGUAGGCGUUGCCUGGGCCGCACAGGAUGAACUGGAAGUCAUCGCCACCCACCCUGCCCGGGACCACUCCUUCUUUGUGGACGAGUUUGACAACCUCUACAAAAUUGUCCCCAAGAUCAUCCAGAACAUUUGUACAGAGUUCAACUCCCAGCCUCGAAACUGA